UAAAGUUUCUAAAUCAAAUACAGCAGACCAAAAUAUUUGAUUCCUCGCAUGUUCAUACAGAAAUAAAAUCAGUAUAUAUUAUAGAAUUAUACUAUACUGUUGAAAUUAGUUGCAUAGGGAUCAUAGCAACAGAAGAUGAAUUCAGGGAAAAACAAUGGCGGAAAAUCCCCAGCACCAUUGCCUAUGUACCGACCUGUAGCUCUCAAACAUGUGCCUACUAUGGUCAGAAGAAGAUAUGAUCCUGAUUUACGGAGGCCUACUUCUGACGGUAGCAAAAACAUUAGUGAAGCUGAAAGCAUCAACGACUCUCCUGUUGUGGUUAGUGGUGUCGAUGAAACAGAGGUAGAACAUGAUACACUUGCAAGCUUAGGCACUGAACAUGAUACACAAAUUAAUACAGAAGAGUUUGGUAGUAGUGAUUUUGGAUCAAGUGCAGAAUCAGUUUCAGACUGUGAAUUGCAAGUUGAUGGAGCUCAUGAAGAUGGGAUCCAUGCUGCUACUGAUCUAGAAGACAGUACUAGCAAUAAUACACUGAUGGAACACAAUACACUAGCAAACAUGGACACUGAACUUGUUUUCAGUAGUAAAGAUUUUAGAUCAAUUUCGAGUAUGAAUUCAGAAGAUAGCAGCAAAAGUGCAGAUGAUGGAGCUAAAGGGGUGAAUAUUUCUAGUUCUGUGUCUACUAGUGUUGAAAAUAGACAGGACAAUGUACAUGCAAAAUCUGACAAUGAACAAGGGUUUGCAUUGGAAGACUUAAAUGACAGCAAAAGCAAAGUUGAUGGAGUUAUUGACGUGGGUACUAGUGUUGAUGAUACGCAGAAUAAUGAUUUUAGACCACAUACCUAUGAUAGCGAAAACAAAAGUGAAGAAGCUGAAGUAUGGAACGACCCUGCUGUCGUUGUUAGUAAUGUGGACGAUAAAGAGACAGAACAUGGUUUACUUGCAAGCUUUGGCACUCAACCUGAUACACAUACUUAUACAGAAGAGUUCAGUAGUAGUGAUUUUAAAUUAAAUACAAGUAUGAAUUCAGAAGAUAGCAGCAAAAGUGCGGAUUUUGGAGCGGAAGGGGUGAUUCAUACCAGCUUUGUGAAUUCUGGUACUGAUUAUAGACAGGACAAUGUACAUGCCAAAUCUGACUGUGAUCAAGGAUUGGCAUCAGAAGAUUUAAAAGACAGAGAAAACGAAGGCGAAAAAGUUAAUUACGUGGAUACUAGUGUUGAUGAUGAUGCCAAGGACGAUAGACAGAAAAAUGUUUUCAGACUAAAUACCUUUUUGCAACGGUUGGGAGUGCAUUCUACACACACAAGGUUAGAUAAGGUGUUGGUAUGGAUAAGGAAAAGUUACGACAAUACAAACUAUGGAAACAAGUUCUUAACAGCUGCUAUGAUUGCCACUGUAUUUUAUCUAUGGAGGAACAAGAAAUAUCGAUAGAGUGUGGAUUGUUGCAAACUCUUAGAAAGUGAAUCCAUCAAUAUCAAAGUUGAACCCUAGUGGUUGUAUAAUGAACAUUUGGUAGUUUUUGAAUCUAGGGAAUUAUAUCUUAAAGGGUAUUGAUUUGCGUUUUCUCCCACUCUCUCCAGACUUCCUUAGGCAAGAUGAUGAUGUUGUACACUCCAUGAUACAAAGAGUUGUACUAUAAUCAUUUGUGUGCGUGAUCCUCUAUUUAUACGAAAUGAUAUGAUACUUUAGCGGGUGUUGUUAAAGGCAGAGCUGAUGCUCUAAGUCUUCAACCAACAUUAUUUUUAAUUAAGAUAAUCAUCCAUGAACUGCAAGCAAAUGCUCCAUCUUUAUAAUCAAUCUAAAUUACUAUAAAUAAUUUCAAUAAUCUAUCCUCAUUUUGACAAUUUCAAAUGUUCUCAAAAUUUACCUUGGAUUAACUUUAUUCCCGUUUAAUCGUCUCAUUAGCAUU